CAAAAGCUGAGCAUCUAGAGGAAAGAAGGCAAUAAAUAAGUCAGCUACCGGUUUCUUCAAGAACAGCUGGACAUCAAAAAAGACCAUCACCAACUCCCUUCAUCUCUCUAAUUUCUCUCUUUGAUCCUGAGUUGGAUUCUCUUUGUUGGUGUUCUCAAUGUGGGAGAUGAGAUUUCGAUGGAAAGCUCACAGCUUUAUGGCUGCAUUCUUGGUUCUUCAGGUUCUUGGUUUGGUUGCGGGACAGGGCGGCAAGAAGUCACCUUGGCUCACAUUGAGUGGUAAAGCUCCUGCAGUUGUCGCAAAGGGUGGAUUUUCAGGGUUAUUUCCUGACUCAAGUUCGGAUGCUUUUGGAUUUACAUAUCUCGCUGGUUCACCUGAUACAAUUACUUGGUGCGAUGUUCAAUUGACAAAGGAUGGUGUUGGUGUUUGCCUUCCUAGCAUGACCUUAGAUAAUUGUACAAAUAUCCAAUUCUUUGCUCCCAAUGGAACAAAUACUUACUCUGUUGAUGGCGUGCCAACAUCUGGAUGGUUUUCUGUGGAUUAUGACUUCAAAACCUUAGGACAAGUCUCAGUGCUUCGAUCAACUUUAUCUCGAAGUGAUAAGUUCGAUGCUACCUUGUACCCAAUCCUUACUGUUGAAGAAGUGAAAACACAAAUUAAGUCAGCAGCCCUUUGGUUAAAUAUACAGCAUAGUAUGUUCUACUCACAACACAAACUGAACAUCAGAAGCUAUUUGCUUUCUGUUUCAAAGAAAGUUGUCGUAGACUAUGUAUCUUCAGCCGAAGUGGUUUUCCUCACGAGUAUAGGUUCAAGAAUGGGGAGCAAGACAAAGCUUAUCUUCCAAUUUCUCGGCCAAGACAUUGCCGAACCUUCUAUGAACAUAACUUAUGGUUCUCUGUUGCAAAAUUUUACCUUUAUCAAGACAUUUGCCUCUGGAAUUCUCGUUCCUAGAAAUUACAUAUGGCCAGUAACAUCUGACCUUUAUCUUCAACCUCACACUUCCAUUGUCUUGGAUGCUCACAAGCAGGGGCUCGAAGUUUAUGCCUAUGAAUUUGCAAAUGAUGGGUUUAUUAGCUUCAAUUAUAGCUAUGAUCCGGUUGCUGAGUAUCUCAAUUUUGUUGACAAUGGGGACUUCUCUGUUGAUGGUGUGCUGACAGAUUUUCCUGUAACUGCAUCAGAAGCAAUAGGCUGUUUCUCUCAUAUGGGAAAGAACAAGUCUGAACAUGGAAAUCCAGUGGUCAUCACGCACAAUGGUGCUAGUGGGGUUUACCCGGAUUGUACCGAUUUGGCUUAUCAGCAGGCUGUUGAAGAUGGUGCAGACUUUAUCGACUGUCCUGUUCAAGUGACAAAAGAUGGAACUUUAGUAUGCAUGAGCUCUAUUGAUCUCAUGGACUCUACUACAGUUUCAACAUCACCCAUGCGUUCUCGUUCUUCUGUUAUCCCGCAACUCAAGGCCACUCCUGGAAUUUACACCUUCAAUUUCACCUGGGAUGAGAUUCAAGAGAACCUUAAACCUGCUAUUUCAAACCCAGAAUUACAGUACAAGUUGGUGCGAAAUCCACGAUUUAAAAAUGCCGGGAAGUUUACAAAAUUAUCAGAAUUUUUGAACUAUGCAAAGGGAAAAGAUUUAUCUGGAAUCGUGAUAACUAUUGAGAAUGCGGCAUAUCUUGCGGAGAAUAUAGGAUACAGUGUCACAGAUUCUGUCAUCAAAGCACUAAAAGAUGCAGGAUUUCACAAUCAAACAGUUCAGGAAGUUGUGAUUCAGUCCACAAAUAGCUCAGUGCUAACCAAAUUCAAGAAGCAAACCAGCUAUUCAUGCAUUUACAGGGUCGAUGAAUCCAUUAGUAAUGCUGAUUCAGCAUCAUUGGCUGACAUAAAGAAGUUUGCCACUUCCGUGGCAAUAAACAAGGAUUCUGUAUAUCCUAGGAGUGAAGCAUUCAUCACAGGCCAAACUGAUUUGGUGAAAAAUUUGCAAUCUGCAGGCUUCUCUGUGUUUGUGUAUGUUCUUACAAAUGAGUACGUGUCUCAGCCGUGGGAUUUCUUCUCGGAUCCAACGACAGAGAUCAAUUCAUUUGUUCAAGGAACGGGUGUUGAUGGCAUCAUCACUGAAUUUCCUGGAACUUCUACACGAUAUAGAAGAAACACUUGUUUGAAACUGGGCAACAAAAUGCCAAACUACAUGGUUCCAGUUCAGGUAGGCAGCCUUCUAGUUACCUUAAACGUCGCAGCAUUACCACCAGCCCAAGCUCCAAUGCCCAUCCUCAAUGCCGAUGAUGUGGCUGAGCCUCCUCUUCCUCCUGCCUCACUCAAGCCAGCAGUCUCCAUCCCUCCUGCUUCUCAGCCUUCAGAAGGAUCACCUCGGCAUCUGUUCGCUUCGUUCUUACUAUCUUUGGCAAUAGCAACGGUCUCUGGAUUGCUCCUGCUUUAAGAUUGAUGUUGGGAUGAGACUCAUUUUGUUGUUUUGGUUAUUGGAUGCAAUUCUUUUUCAUUCUCAUUUGUAUUCUUAUUUUCGUUAAUGGUGGAUUCACCCUUUUGAUUUGUUUGUUUUGUAAAACACUAGGCUAAUAUUCUUCUAUACAGCAUUCGUAAAGGUUUGGUGCAAUGCCUCUCAAUUUUAUGUUUUGUGGUUUA